GAGAGAGAGAGUAUUGUACAAGGAAAGGAAGAGUGCAGGCAGUGAUCUGUCAGUGCUGGAAGCUGGAAGCUCUCUCCGGUUCUCCGGGUCUGUGGUUCUGUGGAUAUGGUGGGUUCCGGCGGUUCUGGUGGCUCCGGGCGUUGGUGCAGAGCCGCGCUGCUGCUCUGCUCUCUGGUGCCCUUCAUCACGGCGAGUGGAGAUGUGAAAGCGGGUGUCUCGAAGGUCCGGGAGGCUGACGAACUUUCCCAAGAAAGUGAACUGCGCCUGAGGGAGGUGGUAUUUGUCAUCCAGAGCCAGAGGAACUCCUUCCACGCUCGGCGGGCGGAGAGACUGCGGGCGGAGCUGCUCCUGCAGACGGCAGCGCUGCGAGAGAGUCCUCCCACCAUCCUGCUCCUUCACACCCUGACAGACAAUGAGGGGGACUGGAGCAUUCUGCCCUCACUGCCUUACUUUUCCUCCCACUUCAGGGGAAACUCCUCGUGGAUUGUGUUUCUGGAGGAAGAGACGAGUGUGAAGCUGGACAGACUUCUCAGCGUCCUCAAGAAGUUUGUCCGCAGAAAAGAGUGGUUUCUUGGCAAGUCGCUGCACGAUGAUGAGUCCACCAUCAUCCACCAUUAUGCCUUUGCGGAGAACCCCUCAGCCUUCAAGUACCCAGACUUCUCAGCAGGAUGGGCUCUGAGUAUUCCCCUCGUCAUCAGGCUCGCAAAUAAGGUGCAAGAGGAGCCUCUGAAGUCCGACUUCACCAUAGACCUCAAACACGAGGUGGCGCUGUACAUCUGGGAUGAAGGUAAAGGGCCCAGACUGACAGCGGUUCCAGAGCUCUGUACACUGCCGGAGAACUCUCCCAAAGCCAAGGACUGCGCCACCACUGUUGGCACACACUCACCACUGUGUGGUGAGCCGGUUCCACAGGAGGAUAUAUUCGUGGCGGUGAAAACGUGUAAGAAGUUCCACUCAGAACGAGUUCCUGUGGUGAAGAAGACGUGGGAGAAGCAGGCGUCUCAUCUGGAGUAUUACAGCGACCACGCUGACCCCUCCAUACCAACCAUAGACCUCGGCGUUCCCAACACAGACCGAGGACACUGUGGAAAAACCUUCGCCAUCCUCAGCAGAUAUAUGAGCAGCGCUGUUCCUCAGACCGACUGGUUACUGAUUGUUGACGACGACACUCUUAUAAGUCUUCCGAGAUUACAGGCUCUGCUGAGCUGCUAUGACUCCAGGGAGUCGGUGUGUUUGGGGGAGCGUUAUGGCUAUGGGCUGGGUCAGGGAGGAUACAGCUACAUCACCGGAGGAGGAGGGAUGGUGUUCAGCAGGGAGGCGGUACGCAGGCUGUUAGCCAGCGGCUGUAAAUGCUACAGCAACGAUGCUCCUGAUGACAUGGUGGUGGGGAUGUGUCUCAACGCCCUGCAAAUCCCCGUUACCCACAGCCCCCUUUUCCACCAGGCGCGUCCAGAAGACUACGCCAGAGACUUCCUAGCUCACCAGACUCCUAUAUCUUUCCACAAACACUGGAACAUCGACCCCAUAGCCGUCUUCAACAAGUGGCUGAGCGACAGCGCAGACUCCAGCUCAGAGAGACCCAACAGAAACCACAGGGAGGAGUUAUAGUACAAAGACUCUGUGUGUGUGUGUGUGUGAGGGGGGGGGGGGGGGGAUCUAUGAAUUUGUUUUAAACAUACACUAGUGCAUCUCAAAAAAUUGGAAUAUCAUUGAAAAGUUACUUUAUUCCAGUAAUUCUGUUGAAAAUGUAAAAAGCGUUUAAUCAGUGUCUCAGAAAAUGAGAAUAUUAUACAGUAUAAGACCAAUUGGUACUUUUGGAAAGCAGUGUGGGCAGUGUACCAAGUCCUGCUGGAAAAUGAAAUCCGCAUCUCCAUAAAAGUUGUUAUCAGCUGAGGGAAGCUGUAAGAUAUGAAGUGCUGUAAGAUUUUGUGGGAAAACAAAACUGCACUGACUUUAGACUUGAUAAUAAAACACAGUGGAUCAACACCAGCAGAUGACAGACAUGACUCUCCAAACCAUCACUGAUCAUCAGUAAAUUUCAUUUUCCAGCAGGACUUGGCACACUGCCCACACUGCUAAAUUACCGAUUGGUCUUAUAUUAUGCUCUAAUUUACUGAGACACUGGUUUUUGGAUUUUUAUUGGCUGUAAGCCAUAAUAAAAUUAUUAACAAUAAAAGAAAUAAAUGCUUAAAAUAGAUCAGUACAUCUGUAUAAUGUAUGAGUUUCACAUUUUCAACUGAAUUACUGAAAUAAAGUAACUUUUUAAUGAUGUUUUUAGAUGCACUAGUAUAUGUUUUGUGUGUGUGUGUGUGUGUGUGUGUGUGUGUAUGAAAAAGAUGCGAGAUGAGAGAUAUUUAUGAUACGCUGUCGUCCAUUUCUGGCCAAGAUUAUUGUCCUUAAAUUCUCUGAAAUUUACUUUUUUUUUCUUUCUUUUAAGCUGUAUUAUGUAUUAUUUUGAUUAUAAAAGUGCCAUUAUUGAUAA